AUGUGGGUGGAGAUGUGCAUGUGUGUGGGUUUAUCAAGGUUUACAAAGCAUCAGCACGGCACCUUCGCGCACGAUACAACUCCUUCUGUCUACAGUUUCUGGAUUGUUGCAGCCAUCCGCCCGUCCUUCGUCCGCGGUCGCGCCAUGGAAGGAUUUCAGCAUGCGCCGCCAUUUUCUUUUCAGCUCAGGCAGUGCUGGAGGCUGCUUACUUCUGGGUAG